CUCAAGCAAUUGGAACCAUUGCAACGCACAUGGGAUGAGUGGACUAAAUCAAUGGAAAGCUUUCGUUACGUAGUUUCUGCCCUACCAGAUGAAACAGAUCCAGACAUGCGCACCCUUCUCACAGAGGAACGCGAUUCACUCCUCGCAUCGCUAUCCGAGACCUUAUCACAAACAUUUCCGCGUCUUCUCAUCCCUCCUUCUUCAACCACUCAAAUGUCUGCUAUCAUGGAGUUUAAGGCCGGGGCUGGCGGAGAUGAAGCUACGCUUUUUUUAGCAGAAUUGGUGCGCAUGUAUACGAGAGUGGCAACGGCAAGUGGUUUUUCGGUCGAGCUUGUCAGCUCGUCGGACACGGAUGGAUCUAGAGGCUCGGGUGGGGGGCUGAAAGAUGCUAUUUUGGAAGUCAAGGGUGAGGGUGCCUAUGACUUUCUGAGAUGGGAGAGUGGUGUACAUAGGGUGCAAAGGGUGCCCGCAACGGAGAGCCAAGGAAGAGUACACACUAGUACUGUGGCGUUGGUGGUCCUUCCAAGUUCUGAUGAGUCCAGCUCCACCGACACCAUGGACGACGUUGUGGAUCCCAAAGACGUGAGGGUGGAAGUGAUGAGGGCAAGGGGGGCUGGGGGGCAGCACGUCAAUCGUACGGAAUCUGCAGUGCGGCUGACUCACGAACCAACUGGUAUUACUGUGUCCAUGCAAGAUUCGCGAUCUCAACACCAAAAUCGGACGAAAGCUUGGCAGAUACUUAGAGCACGAUUGCUUGACAUCAAAAUACAAGAAACAUUACAGCAACAGCGUGACACUCGCAGGGAUCUCGUCAAGAGCUCGGAUCGGAGUCAGAAAAUUCGAACUUACAACUUCCCCAAUCACUUUUUUCAGGAUCGCCUGACCGACCAUCGAAUAGGUCACUCUCUCAAUAAUCUCCCGGAAGUAAUGGAAGGUGAACGUCUUACGGAGUUGAUCGCAGAACUCAAACGCAACCAGGAAAUGGCCAUGAUUGAGGACCUGCUGGAGAACAGUUAA